GAAAGUGGGCGGGGCGGGCGAGAGUCUGCGGCGGCGGCGGCGGCGAGUCGGGCGGUGGGAGCGAAGGCAGAGCGAGUCGCCCCGCUGUUUGCCCCCCCCGCCCCCUCCCUCCUGAGGGAACACCAACGGCCGGAAAGUGACGGUUGAGGGUGCAGGGGCGCGCGAGGGGCUUCUUUUCCCGCCCUUUUCUGACGGGGGGGGGAGGGAAAAGAAGCCUUUUUCUGAGGGGAAUCGCUGAGGCGGCGGCGGCGGCGGCCGGUUCCUCCCUCCGCCAACCGCGGCGGGCCGCGCCCUCAGCUCCGCCGCCGGGUGAGGAGGGGCGAUGGGCGGGCCGGUGGUCUCGUAGCUCCGCCGCCGCCGCCGAGGCCCGAGAGCGGCCCCCGCGGCUCCCCUGCCCGACGCCUCCUCAGCCCGCCGCCCUCUGUCGUCGUCGUCCUCCUCCUCUCUCCGCGGCCUGCCAUGUCCGGGGUGGUGCGGACCCUGAGCCGCUGCCUCCUGUCGGCCGAGGCGGCGUCGGGCCGGGGCGAGAGGCCGCCGCCGGGCGAAGCGGGGAAGGAAGGCGGGCGGGACGCGGAGCGCGAGGCCCGGCGCCGCAGCCGCGAGAUCGACGCGAUGCUGGCCCGCGAGCGGCGCUCGGUGCGGCGCCUGGUCAAGAUCCUGCUGCUGGGCGCCGGCGAGAGCGGCAAGUCCACCUUCCUCAAGCAGAUGCGCAUCAUCCACGGCCGCGAGUUCGACCAGAAGGCGCUGCUGGAGUUCAGGGCCACCAUCUACGAGAACGCCCUCAAGGUGAGCGGGGGGGGGGGGGUAAGCUUCAAUAAAUGGCAUAUGCUUAGGAGGGCGUGGCUUUGCUUUUCCUCAUCCCUCCUCGCCCCGUUUUUCCUUUCGUGACGUGUCUUAAGCCUUGAGGGUUGGGGGGUCCCUCUGGACACCGCUGGGCCGGCUUGCUUGCUGGCUUGCCUGCCCCCUCUGUAUCCCAGCUUCCCUCUCAAUGGGGUGUGCAGGGUCCCCUCACAUGAACCCCGCGAAGUAGGUUUAGGUUGACCAGGAAGACGGUGACAGGGCCGAGAUCACCCAGCGUGCUUCACGGCCGAGUCAGGAUUUGAACCCUGGCCUCCCGCGUCCUGGUUGAGAGUCGGGUCAAAUUCUUCAUGCGACACAGAGGCAGCCUGCAGAACUCACUCCCACUGCAGCCAGAGACGGCCACCAAUUUGCCUGGCUUUAAAAGUGGAUUAGACAAAUUUGUGGAGGAAAGGGCUGUCAGUGGCUCCUGGCCAUGAUGGCUAUGCUCUGGCUGCACAGUCCUUGAGGGAGAAGAGCUUAUAAAUACCAGUUUCUGGAAAACACAGGAGGGGAGUGGGCUCUUGUGUUCAGGUUCAGGUGUUCAGGUGUUUACCAUUGGGGCAUCUAUGGUUGGCCACUGGGAGAAGAGGAUGCUGGACUAGCUGGGCCCUUGGCCUGAUGAUGAUUCAAUUUUCAGCAAGGCUUUUCUAAUGCCAGCAUGGCCAAUAGGUAUGGAUGAUAAGAGUUGGAGUCCAGCAACAUCUGGAGGUCCAGUGGUUUGCAUUGACUUAGGAAUGCUGUUUUGAGUGGUGUACAGAAUGCCCCGAAUAAGUAGGUUGAAAUAAAAUGGGAGUGUAAGGCAUACUGAAACAGAUGACUGGGGAAAACAGUGCCAGCACUUCUCAUACGAGCCAGACGAUGGGUGGAAUGAGUGUGGUGAGGCUGUUAUGCGUUCUGUUUAGUGUGCAUUGAUUCUGAGGGAAAGUAGUGUGUUUUGUAAGGUAGGAGAUGAGAAACAGGCAACUGGUGGUGGAAUUGUGUGUUGCUUUGAAUGGUUUGAUUAAUAGCUAGAAAGCUGUGCCAUAAGUAUAUUUAAUAAAAUAAACCGGAGGAAUAUAUGGAAGGCAGCCUGUCAAGUCAUAAUAAUAAAAUGAUUAUUACUGUGGUACCUCGGGUUACAUACGCUUCAGAUUACAGACUCUGCUAACUCAGAAAUAGUGCUUCAGGUUAAGAACUUUGCUUCAGGAUAAGAACAGAAAUCGUGUUCUGGUGGUGCGGCGGCAGCAGGAGGCCCCAUUAGCUAAAGUAGUACUUCAGGUUAAGAACAGAUUCAGGUUAAGAACGGACCUCCGGAAAGAAUUAAGUACUUAACCCGAUGUACCACUGUAUGCUACUUUCCCUCACACGUCAAUGUAUGUGCUUCAUAUACAUCCAGUUCAACUUUACAAUGAUCCUGUAAGGUAGGUGAGCUAGGCGACGGGUGGAGUUGUGUAAGGUGGAGGUGAUACCAGUGUGGGUACAAAGAGAUGGGCUGUCAGUGUUAUGCUAGGUGGUAUUAUAUUGCUUUUCCUAAGUAGUCUGUUUUCUAUAAUUUAUUUGAAUGAUUCUUGGAACAGUAUUCUUGGUACCACUGUACUUGGAAUCAUAGAAUUGUAGAGUUAGAAGGGACCCAAAGAGUAAUCUAGUCCAUCCCCUGCAAUGCUUCAUACAACUUUGUAUCCAUUGGGUUGGUUGUCACAAAAGGAUAAGCCAAACCAUGUCUUACCAGGACAGCAUAAACAUAUGGACUCCCAGAGAGAAGCUCACAGCUGCUUUACUCCUGUACCUCACAGAGCUAAGCAUGUCAUCCAAACCGGGACUUAUGGUUAAGCUCUCUCAUUGCUAGCCAUGGUUUCUUGUUGGCUGCAGAUCAUGGUUAGUGAGAAAGAGAGCAUAACCAUAAGUCCCAGUUUGGAUAACAUGGUAAACCAAACCAUUACUUAGUUCAGAGUAGGAACAAAAAAGGACUGGGGAAGGAGCAAAGAAACUGUAAGGUCUCUGGAAGGCCAUGUAUUUGUGCGGUCCCAGUGAGCCACAGUUUAGCUUACUGUGUUGUGCAAACCAUUCUUGAAAUAGUCCUGUAAGACCAAUAUUUGGAAGCCAACUUCUCUCAGUGUUCCUGUUCUCAUUUCUUCCCUCUUUCUCCUAUGCAUCCUGAAUAGCCCUGUCCCACACCUGGAUUAUGGCUGUGUGUCAAUGUUUUGAUUGUCUGUUGUUCAAAUGGAAUUAUGUGGGAGGUGCAGAUUACAUGAUUUCCCUUUGUGGUAUGUCCAGGUGUGAGAAGUAAUGGUGUUCUCCAUUACCUCUUGGUGUAACCUUCCUGCCUAAAUUCCCGAGACUGACAUGGAGGAGAAAAGGGCCCAGUUCCAGGUUUCUGGAAAUGGAGGAUGGGAUGAUAGAAACUUAUGCCAUCACCAAGUAUAUAGACUCCCUGGAAAGGAGUUUACGCACCCUUCAUCACACAGUUCCAGUGUAGCUUACUACCAUAUAAGCAAAACAUAUUCAAAUUCAAUAAAACAAUUUAAAACAAACUGAAGACUGUACCUCAGACAAUGCAGAUGGUCUCACAAAAUUCAUACUACUUAAAUGUUGAAAGCCAGGAUAAGGAAAUGUAUCUCCCGCAAAUGGCUAUAUAAUGACAAUUAUUGGCAUACCUCUAUGGGGAAGGAGUUGCAUAUUUUAGGAGCUGUGACAGUCAGUGUCCUCUUCCAGCAUCCGUGUUUCCAAGAGUUACAGAAUGUGGAAUAUUGGCUGCUUUCUUAUUCUUUGCUUUGUCAUUGACAUGGAUCAAAAUCCACAGGUCACCAUUAAUGUAUGUGUUGAAAUGAAAUAGAUGAAAAUUGCCCAUCUCUGUUUAGAGUUGAAUGAAAAUGCAUGUGUGUGGCUAAAGUGAGCUAAGGAGUUAUUAAUCUGGGCAGAGUUACACCUGUGCCAGUCCAGUUUUUAACCAUGGCAAAGUAAGCUUAUUUCUCUCUCCUCUUAUGUGAGAACUCCCUCUCCCUUCUAUUUUUUGAGCUUAGCUCUGCUUAGAAUUGUAUAUGUACCAGACUUCUUGCUGAUUGUGCAAUGCUCUAAAUUACAGUUUGCAAACCUGGUUAGAAGGGUCACUGAAGCUGACCUUGGUAAUUGCAAUGUAUUAAAAUGACAUCUAGAAUAACAGGUGUUGAAUCUAUGGUAUGUGGACUCAGUAUGUCCACACUGGCCACCUCAGAACAAAUUCAACUCAACUCAAACCUAGCCAUUUGCACAUAUUGCUGUCUUAGAAUAUAUACUAAUAAGUAAAGAGGGGAGGUGUAGAGUUGGAGGAACAAGGAACUCAGCCAAGAUAUGCACACCCUGCCAACUGCACAGACUUGUUUUUAGAUAUUGCUCCCCAGCCUUCAGGGUUAAAAACUUCCCUUUAAAAAUACCAGGAAUCCACAUUUUCUGUUGUACAGACAAUAUAAACCUGAAUAUUGCAAGCAGGUUCUAGGCUAUUGGUUUUGACAACUAUACUGUAAUGCUUCUGAAGAGAUGCAUUAUUCGGUAGGUUCACUUAAAAAAAGCUCUGCUGCUGUACACAACCAAUUCUUUAUAGCAUGAGCUUUCAUUGCCAAGAACCUCCUUUAUCAGAUGUUCUUCUCUACAAACUAAUACAAUAAUAAACAUGUUAGUUUUUAUGGUGUUACAGAAGUUGGUUUUCUUCUUUGCCACAAUAUUACUAGUAUGUUUGUGGUAAUGCUCACAGUGUUCUUGAAUGUUACACAGCCCUUGAAAAACAAGCCCCUACUUGGAAAUAAGGAUAUAAAUUUGCUCUGAAAAAUGUGUUCAUAAUCAUAUUGUGGGCAAAUUGUAUCUGAAACCAAGCAAUCACAAUAAGCUGCAAGAUGGGUGGUUCGUUGGCUGCUGUGCUAAAGGAGGUUAUAAAUGGGAAGAAGACCUUAUGAAGGACUGGCAUAAACUAGAAAUAAUACUCAGCUUUUUAAAACCCAUCAACAUAGUUUAGCUGUAAGAAAUAAGAGGAUGAGGACUGAACAGUUGAAGAGGAAACAGGGAAAAGGUAAAAUGAAAGAAGGUGCAUUCAUGCUCAGAUACAGCAGUGGACUGAAGGGUAGUUUUAAAUGAGUGGAUUUAGAAACCCUUCAAUAGGACAAGGAGGGAGAAGUUGUCAUCCUGGAGUUAAUGAAGGUGGUACCCUUUGGUACAGGCACAUCUUGAUCUUCUCACAUCACCUUGUAUUAUUGUCUGCUUGUGACUUAGGCACAGAAAUGUGAGGAGCUGUGGGUGUGGCACUGAAUUUCUGCUGGUAACAUGCAAGUGGAUAGGAGUAUAGUAUCUUUCCACAAGACAAUUUGUGUUAUAGAAGUCAUGUGCAAGAGCAUUAUCAGGUUGUGAGCUAUUGUAUUGGUAUUAUAAAAGCAAAAAUUGUGUAUUCUGACUUGGUGUGAUGUAGUGUUUGCCUUUUAAGACUGUGCUUAUGACAAUGAACAUUGGAGUUCUGUAGUUUCAUAUCAGAAUUGUUAUUUUUUUAUAAGACCACUGGCUCAAGUGGCAAGUGUGAUACAUUUUUCAGUUGCUUUUAGAACAUACAAGUAUGUGCUGACUAAUGGGAUUUGGAUGUGUUCACUGUCCUAAGCGAACAUGUAACUGAGCAUUUAUUGUUAUUUUUUAAUGGCUCUUUUUAAAAGAAAAGAAAAAACCUAUGUGGUUCUGUUGCUGACACUCUGCAUUUUUACUGAAUUCACUGAACUAUUAAUCAAUAUUGUCCCUAACAUUAAACCCUAGAAGAGAACCUGUGAAGUAUUUCACUUUAGCAAGCAGUACAGUAGCAUUUAGGCCUUCUAGGGAAAUUUCAUUUUCAUUUACCUCAUUAAGAUUAAUUACACAAUUAUUUAUUGUGAUAUUUUAAUGACUUUGUGUAAAGAAGAAAGGUGUUUGUAUUAUGCUCUUCAGGGUUUGAAAAUAGUUGCUGUUUCUGUUAUAAAAAUGCAGCCUUUUUGAAUUGAAUGGCCAUCUGUCAUUGUCAAAGAAAAUAUUGCUGUUCUAGUACUUUCACAGAUUUUAUAUGUGCUUCCAUUUGACAGCCAAGAAGAGGGUUUGUAAUCUUGAGGUUAGGAAAAGUGAUGAAAUGUGUAUCCAUAUAGAGAAAACAUAACUUAAAAGUGAGUGGAUGGAUUGAUUUAAAUCACUAAGAAGAAAAAACCCAGUUUAAAUCCAGUUGCCCACUUAUAAAUUCACACUUCCCUAACAAGCAUAUGUUUUGCCUGGUUACUGUAACAAUUAGACUGUAUUAGUUUUUAGCCAAAUAGAGCCAUUAUGUAACCCUUCAGCAAAAUUCUUAUGUAUUAUAGAAUUAUGUUUGCUUACAGAUAAGGUGUAUGCACAUGAAAGAAUUCUAAGCAAGAAUGCUUACUUGAAAGCUAAGUUUUGAAUCAUGUGCAUCCUUAUUUGGCAACCAGUCCCACCAAACAAAUUAGAACUCCCUUCCAGGGAAAUAUGCAUAAAAUAGGGCUGUAACAUGUCUUAGGUGUUAAAUACAGAUUAUAGAAAUGCAUUCAUACACCAAGGUAAUACUUGUUGUAGAAGGGAGUGGUGAUGGAUAUGGAACAAAACAGUGUUAUUCCACUUUAUGGUAAAUUAAUGUCCAUACUACAUAUAGUUUCAGAACUGAACACAACACAGAGCUCAGGUAACUGAGCACAAAACAGAAAUGCAAGAUAAUUUGCAUGAACUCAGUGGAUGAUCCUGGUGAGAUAUAAGAUAUCGUCACCUGAAUUCUAGUGCUUAAAAUGACUUGCUAAUUGAUGCACAGUAUCAAACCAUAAUAUAUGAACUCUUGUACUGUACUUGUACCCUUGUAAUGACUAGUAGCACCUUAGAGACCAACUAAGUUUGUUCUUGGUAAUUUUUUAUUUUUUAUUUUUUUAAUAUAUUUCGACUGUUUCAUGCCAACACGGCUACCUACCUAAAUCUUGUAAUGACUGAUGAAGAUGUUUUCUUCCUCAUUCUUUCUCUUCAAAAAAAAGCACUAUUUCAUGAAGGGAUCAUAAAUUCAGUUUCAUGACAUUAUAAAUUUGCAUUUAAGUUCAUAUUAAACCAGGUUUCUUUUUAGAAGAGAAACAUAAUAAGCUAAGCUUAAAAAUUAAAUCAAAUUCAAUUUUUUAUGUUACCAUUUUAGAACAUCAUUUUUUAUCAUGAGUAACCAAUUAUUGAAACCUUCCCUAUUUCUUAGGUGUUAAAUACAGAUUAUAGAAAUGCAUUCAUACGCCAAGGUAAUACUUGCAAUUGGUAAACAAUGGCAAUACUUGCAUAUCAUUUAGAUUAUUUUUGUUUUUGAAACUCUUCUGGUAUCAUCCUGUCUUUUUAAAAUCUUUCUAUUACAGAGAAGACACACAGUUAACAAAAUGCUGAAUGUAAGCCCCUAAUCCAAAAUUUACUUUUCCAUUUAGCACAGGCAAUGGUUUAGAGUCGUAGCUUUUCCUAGCAUUUUAUGGGGCAGGCUUCCCAAACAUCAGUUUUGCUUUGGCUUAAGUAAAUAGUCAUUGGUUAAUGAUGGUUUUGCUUGUUAACCAAGGCUAAGCUUCAGGGCAGUUUUUUAUGAGAAGCGCUAGUGUUGGGAAUACACAGACUCUAUUAGUUCAGUAUAUCCACCUGGAAUAGAAAAGUAUAUAAAACACCUAAAUUAGCACAUCUGACAAUCACAUGACUCAUGCAGUACUAUUGUAUAAAUGGUUAGUUGGAAGUAAAUCCCUCUAUGUUCAAUGGACCUUACUCUCCAGUGCAGUUUUAAAGUUGACUUUAAUUUAACUUGCUAGAUCAAAGUCAUCAGCAAAUGCAGCCUUUGGACUAACAAAAGUCAGCUGCUGUUGCUUUGGUGGUCAGCUGGCAGUGUGUAACCUUAGGAGCUGAAAUCUGGUUUAUUUCCAUAUGGGUUUAUCAUCAUGUGUGUAGUGUUCUUGGUAAGGACUGCACUGUUCCUCUGAAAUGCCUGAACUUGUAGAGCCAUAAAUUUCAACAAGAAUUGCCACAGUCUGAAGAAUUCCUCAACUACUUCUGCAUACCCAAGAGCCAAGACAAUCCUUCUCUAUUUUCCUUAGUAGCCCCUUCCUUUCCACCACCACUCUAUCCUGCAUAAUAGUUAGCUUUGAAUAAUUUCAGUAAUUUCCAAAGUGGUUUGUCAUGAAACAUGAGGAACUUCUAUUUUGAAGAGGAAACAGUCAAACCUCACUGUGUGAACAUGAGUCAUUAUUAUUAUUAUUAUUAUUACUAUUCUAUUAAAACACAAAAUGCACUAUGACAUAUGCUAAUGAAUACAAUCACCAUUUAGUAGUAAAUAAUUCUUUCUUCAUAGUAAAAUAGCGAUUUGUAUAAAACAUAAUUCUUAGCAUUCAUAGUACUGUAAGAGUUAACUAUUGUUACACUCCUUGAAGAUACACAAUGGGUCUUGAUGUCUUCCAGAUGAACUCUUGCUUUUAAAGAAAUGACUCUUUCCUUGGUAGAGCUAUGGUUGUGAGGUGAUGCUUAAUAAUGCUUUCCUCUGAUGUUCUGGGAUAGAGGCUAGGCUGGAAAACCUGUAAGAUCCUGACUUGUUCCUUGCAUCCUUUCUUUAAAAAAGAUGCUACCUUGGCAGGUACAGUCUUCUAGUAAUCUGGUAAUGAGGUUGAUGUUUUUGUUUGCAGGUUAUAGCUCUCUUAGUUAACUAGAAUUGAUUUUUUAAUUGCAAAUUUAUUAAAGAAAGGGGGGACAAAAGAAGAAAAAACAGCUCACAUUCACAAUACAGCAAACAUCAAUACAUCCAUCUUAAUCUAUACUUGCAGAUUGAUAUAUGUCCAAAUAGGUAUCCCAAUGUUAAUGUUUGUAGAAAAGUUUCCCACCCCUGCUGCCAGGUGUUUAAGAGUAAGAAGUGUAACUCUAACCUGGGAAAGUUUAAUAUGCUUUGGAAGCUAAAUAUUCAGUGUUUUUUCUCUCUUAAAGUAAGGCAUUUCUAAGGUUUUUUCUAGUCCUGCAAUUUCAGUCUGAACACUUUAACAACUAUUGCACAAAUUCUGCGUUGGAUCUAUUCAGUUGUAAUACAAUGUAAUAUUGAUUAUAAUCCUGAUCAUGGAUGUUUGGGGCACUCCCAAUAAGUAGCUCUAAUCAGUUUGCAUCUCCCAGAGUCCAACCAUCAUUUUUGUUUGCAUUAAGACAACUCUCAAAAUCCCUUCUCCCUUUCAUUGGAUUUACUUGGAGACAGAGAGUCGUAUUAUAGUUUACAGACAUAACUGCAGUUACAAAUACAAAGAUUGGGUUGUUAAGUUCCUGUAGGCUAAGUAAAGGGCAUUGUAUUUUGUUCAUGUGUUUAGUCUUUUAACUCUGUAUACAAAUCUUGAUGUUUACACUACUCACCUGGGGAAUAGCAGCAUUUGAAUGAAUGAUGAAAUAUAUGGAAAUAUUUAAGAUUCUUUGCUUUGAUUUUGUGUUUGCAAGACUCAUAAAGGCCAGAUAAUGUACGUUUGAAGUGUGUUGGACAGGUUUCCUCAGGCAGCAAAAUGGAACCAUUUUAGUUACUUUUCUCCCAUGCCAAUAAGGUUAAGAAUUUCUACUGGCCUCCUAAAAAUCAUAGUAGAACAUGCAUCCUGGAUGCUGCGAUAUGACAAUCUUUUCAUUAACGGUAUUAAUGCAUCCAGGCUGCUGCCCAGCACUAAAUAUAGGGUUUGUAAUAUAUAAACACUAUAUUCUCCUGUGUUCCAAAUCUCUAGGCUCUUCUUCCCAUAAUCUUGUCAAAUGUGAUGCACAUGUUUAGGAGAAACUGUUAGCAUAUUUUAAAAGGUCUGUAUUUUUAAAAUAUUCAUGUUAUUUACUUAAUAUUUAGUGCUGAAGUUGGUGGUGACUUUGGAGCUCAAGAGUAGCACAUGAAAUAAUCUGCCAUGAGAGUAUUAUGCUGAUAAAAUGCAUGUUUUUAGAGAAGCAGUUGGGUGGGUUUUUUCUAUAAUACCUGCAGUUGGCAUCUGUCUUGAGAGAUAAUGGAAGAGUGUGCCAUCAGGGGUAAAGUCAAACCAUUGAAGAGUUACAGCAGCUGCUGCAGCUGUAGAGACCAAUAUAGACGAGACAUGCUUUAUUGCAGCUGGGGCAGAUGAAGGUACAGUAGAACCUCUACUUACAACCGCCUCAGGUUACAAAAACUUCAGGUUACUCCGCUAACCUGGAAGAGUUACUUCGAGUUGAGAACUUUGCCCCAGGAUGAGAACAAAAAUCGUGUGCCGGUGGCGUAGCAGCAGCAAGAGGCCCCAUUAGCGAAAGCACGCCUCUAGUUAAGAACAGUUUCAGGUUAAGAAUGGACCUCCAGAACGAAUUAAGUUUGUAUCCAGUUUCAUUGGUACAGAUGCACCAUGGGAUUCCUUCACUCCUCCCAAUGGUCAUUUCUCCACUGGUCAUUUUUGUGGAUACACAACCUGACUGACUUGUCUCCAGGCACUGUGGUUGUCUGCAAUGGACUCCCACAUGGCGGGAUUAAUGUUGCCAGCCUUCAUGUCAAGUUUGCAGACAUCUUCUUAAUACAAAGUUUGCAGAUAUUUUCUUAAUACCUAGUUACUAGUUCUUUUUUCUGCCUAUUCCAAAGGUCAGGUUGAGUUAUGGAAUCUUACCCUAUUUUUAAUCCCCAUAUUGGCUCUGAAGCAUGAGAGUCAGAGAAAGUGGUUUGCUUUUAAAUGAGCAGAAAUUCUAACUAAAAUUGGUCACUGUACACAUAUAACAGUUUACUGUAUUAUUAUUUACUAAAAAAAAUAUGCUGCUGUUCAAUCAAGGAUCACAUCCAAGGAUAUUUACAAUAUAAAAACACAAAAAUGUAUACACAACAUAGUUACAAACACACACACCCUAGUUUAAAAUACUGUUGAUUGUUUAAUUAGCCAAAGGCCUGAGACAGAAGGAAUGUUUGCCUGGAGCAUAAAGAUAUGUAACAAAGGCAUCAGGCAAGCAUUCCAAAAAUGGGGAGCCACGACAGAAAAGGCCCAUUCUUGUGUUGUCACUCUCCAGACCUUUUGUGGAGGUUCAGGGCAGCCAAAGUUGUUGAGCUUCUUUGAGGGGAGCCAGUGAUCUACCAUUCACCUUAAACUGGAUUUGCUUGUCAUUCACUUUUUGGUACAUGACCAUAAACACUACAGAGUAUGCAUCAACAGAAGAACAACUUAUUAUAUAUAUUUCUAUAUCCUGCCUUUCUGUCUGAUAGCAGACCGACCCCAAGACAACUUACAGUAAGGGAAAAAUAAUUUAUUUAUUUUUUAAAGACACUGAUGACUUACAAAUGUUAUGGGCAGCAGAAUGAGAAACUUUAGCCACUGUCCAGUCCUUAUGUUUAUGUGAAUGUGAUUUUUAAUCUACUGUAUAUUUAGAAAGUGGUUUCUAUGUCUGUCUGUUCUAUACAUUGGGACACCUCAGGAGAUACCUUUGCCAAACACAGCAUUAGGGUUUUUUAGGUGGGGGCAGCAGUCUUCAGUGAUGUUUGGAUGCCAGGUGCCAUUUUGAAUCAAGUUGGCAGACCAAAACAUAACACUAGAUUGUCUUUCCCCAGUUUUUGGCAUAACAGGUCCAAAGUCACAGAUUCCACUUUUUUAAAUUUUAAUACAAAAGCUUUAUUUUUGUUUCUAUAAAUACCUAGACAGUGCUGGGUACUCCCCACUAGUACUAUAUCAAACUUUUAAAUCUGCCAGUACAGAUUUGUGUAGGCAAGUUGUGAACAAGUUGCCAGAAUAUUAGCAGUGGUUGCUCAGGAAAGCUUUGAUUUAGGGACUAGGAUUAUUUUUGUGUGAAAUGUAAGGCAACAGGUAGGUGUUGAAUGCACGUCAUUCUCUUGUUCUGUGUACACAUUCAUAAAAUUUAGGAAUUGCUGAUUUAUGGGCACUGGAUUUAUAUCCCCAAAGUAAUAUUGUAACUCUUAGAAGCACUAUUUAUAGCAUUGUAAAAUAAGUCAAAAUACCAUUAUUCCCUAUCGGUCGUAAAAUGACUACCUGGGAGCUAUACUUCUCUUUACCACUUAUUGGAAAUAAUUUUGAAGAGGGGUGAAAUAAAAAAGAGCAGCCACUCCAUGAGAACAAGCACCACAGAAGAAGAGAACGAGUAUGGUUCUGAUAGGAAACUAUUAUGAUCUCAUUCCCCAGUGUAGGAAAUCUUUCAGGCAAGGGCUGCAGCUGUGCAGUGGUAACCAUUUGAAAGCUGCUGGAUUGAACAAGACUGCAUCUAGAUGAGUUUAAAGAACUUUAGAACACUGGAGCCUUAGCAGGUGAAAGGUCAGAGCUAGCUUGUAUGGGCAGGGAUGACGCAUACAUAUUUGCAACCCAAUUUAAGAGGCGAGUGGAAGAUAAUAGGCUGUAGCAAGCACAAUAUGGCUACAAUAUUAAUAGCUUUCUUGCAAUUGUUCUGUUGUUUUACAUACCAUUCUACAAACUGGAUACAAAUGUACGUAAUUCAAAAUAUCUUCAGAUACUCAUUUGUACUGUUCAUUAACAUUGUAGCAAAGAAUGCUCUAGAAGAGUAAAAUGGGAGUUUCAUAGCUUGAUUAGCCUUUUAACAUUGGUUUUAAAUCUCUUUCAUUCUGGUAAUGCAUCUUACCCAUAAUAGAAACUUCUAUGCGGUGGGCAUUGGGAUAAGGUUUAACUCCUUAAAAUGACCUCACAAUUUAAAAUUGCUUUUUGUCUGUAUCAUUUCACCUUUGAUUUAUUCUUAAAUGGAAAACCCCAGCUAAAGCAGUAAACAUUGUUGUUGGCAAACCAAAUACUUGAGAAUGGGAGCAGGUUUUUAAAACUCUUAGUUGCAGUUCAGUGAAAAAGAAUGUUAACUGCAUUCCUUGAGUUCAUAGCUUCCUUUUUACAGGCUUUUAAUAAUUGUACUAUGCUUUGUGUUGAAUGCAUGCUCUUUGAACAGUUUAUCUGAAGGAUUAAAUUGUAUGGAGAUGAAGUAAUAGUCAUUCAGGGUGGCUCAGUGUUUACAUUAGAGAAACUGCAUUAGAAAGAGUCCAACCUGAUAAUGGAUAGUUGAAAAAUUUUAAUUAGCUGCCCUUUUGCUGGAAUACUGGAGAAGCUGCAACUCUCCUACGUUGCUAAAUCUAGCAGCCUUGAACCUGCUUCUUCAUGAUAUUUUACUGCUAAAUCUUGCACUGAAGCUUGUUUCUUAUCCUUGAUCUUCAGCAUUAAAGUUCUUGGGUGUACUCCUUAACUGUAGGAAUGAAUCCUGAGGUUGAUGCUUGGCGGGUGGGAUAAAAGAGCUCCUGAAUGAGUAUCAUCAUGUAAAAUUUUAAAAAGUAAAUAUGGGUAGGGCAAUGCUUACUGUUAUAAUCCUUGUGUGGUUACAGCAGACAAGCCUACAUUUUAGAAAAUGACAUUAGUCAUAAUGAACAGAAGUUGCAACUAAGGAUUCUAUAGUUGGGCUUCCUUUGUCUCCCUGCUUUCCAAAAGCAAAGAAAUUGGGAGAAAAUUAAUACCUGUGAAGCUUGGAUAAAAAGAAAAUAUUUAGUUAAAGCUUUCUAAUCAGCCCCCUUAUUCAAUCUUCUUUAGAAGAUUGAAGUCUGGUAUGGAUGUUUGAAAUCUGAGGUUAAAUGUGCUUAAUGCAAGUCUUCUAUAGAUAGAAGGCAACAAAACAAAUUUUGAUGUUAACUGAUCAUAUCAACUCAGAUCUGUGAUAAGUACUGUGCUCUUUGACUAAGGGUCCAUAAUGAAAGUAUUUUUAAGGAAUUGCACAGUAUGAAAGAAUUGCAUUGUUUCUAGGGGAUACUAAAUGAGGAUGCUUUGCCUCUGUAUACAAAAUCGUUCAUUGCAUGUUCUAGCAAGUUGACAGUGUUUCUCAUGGUUUUUAUUUUCAUGGCUUGAUCUAUUACAAGGAGAAAUAGAUUGGUUUCGGGACUUGUGAACUCUUACUCCUUGGAAUGCUAUUACUGUAUGUGAUCCAAAUACAUUUUAUUGGGGGUUGCAUUUACGGUAACUAGUAAAGAAGAAAAACUUAUUGAAGUGACUGGUCAGAAAUCACAUAACUGCACACUGCUAGAAGAUUCCAUAAUUCAGACCUUUCCUGAAGCUUGCCAGAACACCACAGAGGCCUCUUCCCUCUAUCCUCAGCAAAAGCUAAGGUCUUGGUUAGAGUCCUGACUCAAGAGUUUGUAUAACCUAUGUAAGGGGCCGUUUAUUUUUCACAAAAUUCUGGCACCUAAUGUGAGUAUGCACAGAGUUUUUCCUUUUCAGGGAUGCCAAUAGUUGAAAAAUGGCUAGUAGGACAGGCUAGGGUGUGUAGAUAAACUGGAAAAGAGGGUAGAAGCUGAAGGUGAAGCAGAUAGCGAUGCUUCUAAAUGUUCCUGACUCCUCCUGCAAGAUGAGCAGGUAAGGAGCCCUCACUUCUGCCAUUACUAUUAGCUAAUGCCAUGAUACAGCACAAAGACAGACUGCCACUUACAUAAAGGUGUUUUAACUUCAUCUCAUAUUUUGUCACAGCCAGAUAUAUAUAUUAAAAAAUUGAUUGGUUUUAAGUGUCAUUUCAAUUCUUCAUUUUAUAUAGUUCUUUCCUUCAAUGUAAUAGUUUUUUCUUUGGUCACUAAGUGUAUUUAUCUGUUCCUCUAGGGCUGCAGGGUUCUAGUCGAUGCACGGGACAAACUAGGGAUCCCUUGGCAGUAUACAGAGAAUGAGAAGCAUGGAAUGUUUCUAAUGGCCUUUGAAAAUAAAGCUGGGGUGCCCAUUGAGCCUUCUACAUUCCAGUUGUAUGUACCUGCCCUGACUUGCCUGUGGAAGGAUGCUGGGAUCAAGGAGGCGUUUAGCCGUCGAAGUGAAUAUCAGCUGGUGAGUAUGCCAAACAGAACCUUGUUACCAGUUCAUGGUGAAAGUGGGCUAGAGUAUUAUUGCCACCAUCCAUUUUCAACUCUCAGCUCCACCCAACAUGACAAUUGAUAUGGAUUCAUUUCUAUCAUUUAGCAUGAGCAUAAUUUGGCCAUAAAGCAGUGGUAGUAGCCUAGUGAGUAUCUUUAGUUUUAGAGGGCUUUCUAGAAUUUUAUGUAGCAAAUAUUCAGUAGAAUGGUAGGUCUGACUUAGAGCAAGUUUUAAGUUUAUCCAAAGCAGUGGUUUUCAAACUUUUUUCUCUGCACCACACUUUCAGAAUAAAAAUUUGCUCACACCACACCAUUUUUUAAAUAAGAAAUACAUUGGAAAACAAAAAGAAACAACACCUAACAGUGGUUGAUUUAGAACAUAGAACACAACUACUUCAUAAUAUGAUCAUGGGACAUCCAGAAACUAUAAAACUAUGUAGCCACAUAAGAACAGGAAUCAUUCUCAAAAUAUAAUAUUGUCUGUCACUGAAUCUUCCCACCACACACGCCAUCCUCUCCUGCCACAAGAGUUUUAGUUACUCUGCCAAAGAUGACACAGACCUGACAAUGUAGCUGAUACACACAAUGAAGCUUUUGUCACCCUUUUAAGAACCACUGGUCUAAAGGUAAGAAUUGAAGCACAGGUUAUUUAACCAAAGGCAUAGUUCACACAUCCCAGUAAGCUCUAGUUAAUAGUUUACUGUGGUCACAGCUUUAUGGUCUGUUUCACUGUUCUCCCCUAGCAGGAGGAUGAGACAAAUGCAAUCUCUGGCUUUGUGUUGUGUCUCAUCCAUGAAUUCUGGUUUGUUUGGCUCACAACAAACUACAGUUUGUAGCCAAGGUUUGCUCUUGGCUUACUGAUUGGGGCUUUUUGAAGUGAAGCAAAUUGCAAUCCCUUGUUCUAAUAUAAUGCUAAAUUGGGGGUUGUGAACUUGUGUGUGCUAAUGAUAGGGAAACAAACAGCUCAGGAGGCACAUCAUGGCAGCCAUGAAUUAUGGUUUACUGUGACUUGUGAAUUGAGGCAAAGUGCAAAGUUUCAUUAACAGCAUCAAGUUUAUGGUGACAGUCCAUUGCUCUCUCAGAACCUCCUCCUAAUCCAAAUUGGGAAGUAUCCUGGCAAUAAUAUGAAUUAGUAUGACUUUAUUGAAUUGAAUUAAUGGUUUUGAUGAAUUUGUAGCUUUCCUUAUAUGCUAUUGUGUUUGAUAUAGUGAUUGCAAUAUUUGUUGUUUUUUAAUGCUACUGUGAUUAUUGUGAGCUACUUUGAGCUCAGCGUUUUUGUUGUUGGAAAAGCAGGAUGCAAAUAUUAAACAAAUCAAAUUGCCUAAUGGAAAGAGUCUAGGACCACAGGAGCGCUGUCUAAGCGCUUGAGGCACUCUACUUUUAUAGACAGUGCAUCAAGUUUCUGGCUGUGAAUCCUUGCCUGGGACCUUGAGCCUUUAGCACUGUGUGGGUGGAUUGUACAAUAGCGGUAUUUUCUCUGCUUCCCUCUUUCUCCCUUAAAGCACACUAAGUAGCUUCCUCCCAUCUGUGUCUCAUGGUAAGUCCCACUGUCUGUAUUAUGGAAGCAAGUCUUUGGGUGACAAAAGCUUCAUUGUGUAUAUCAGCUACAUUGUCAGGUCUGUGUCAUCUUUGGCAGAGUAACUACAGAAUAAGAAUUCUUUGAUAAUUGGUAUGUGCCCCCCCCCUUUGGAUAUGAAAGGAAUAUAUUGCUUUCUCUGGAGAUCCUGUAAUUUCUACUUUCUUUGGCAUUUUUUGUCUCAACCCAAAUGGUAGAGGCUUAGGAGUAGAGGGUUUGUAAGAAGUUGGGACCAAAUUUCAUGUUUGUUAGUACUGCUAAUAGUUACCGGUAUUUCCAUUCUAAGCAAUCAAAAGCUUUGAGGAUAUCUAGGGACAUAAUUGUCAGUGGGAGUUUAGUUGCCUUGCUGUGUUCAAUCAGAUUCAGUAGUUCCUGAUGGGAUCUGUUAUAUUGCGACCAGGGAUGAAGCCAGUCUGGUCUGGGGCUAAUAAUUUGUGUAGGAAAAUUUUUAGGUGGUUUGUCAAGAUUGAUGUGCAUAUCUUGUAGUCUUGGUUUAUUAAUGAGAUUGGGUGGUAUGAUUCUACUUUGAGGCUGUCUUUGAGUGGUUUUGGGAUAGAGACUAUCUUGGAGGAGGUCCAGGUUUUAGGAAUGGGGCCCCCUUUUAUGAUGUCAUUGAAUAGGCGGGUGAUGUAAGGCAUUAGGGGUUCUUUGAAUUUCUUAUAGAAUUCUGCUGUAAAGCCCUCUGGGCCUGGGGCUUUGUGUGGUUUCAGGUUUUUGAGGACCAUAUCUAUUUCUUCCAGGGUGAUAGGACUGUCCAUUAAUUCCUGUUCCUCAUCUUGUAGGUGUUUUCUGGUAUAGUAGGUCAUUUCCCUAUUGUGCAGAUAAAUGAGAGCAUUAGUGCAUGAACACAACUCUGCUUCCCUAAAAAGUGGUAUUGUUCAGGCUGGCAAGAAAGCAGUUUAUAAACCACCUCAGUAAUAUUUUCUGGGACAAGUGUGACGUUUAUUCAAGUGGGGGUCAUAGUUAGUUUUUGAAGUGUAGCAGUGGGGGGAGAGAUGAAGGGGUUGGGGGAGAGAGACCCAAGCCUUAAAAAACACUUCGACAUCAGCAUCAACUGUUCAGCUCCCCAGGCAGUCAAAAUCUACAAGUUUUUCACUCUGUUGAGUCCCAAACUUCUAACUCCAGUAACCAAACCAGGGAAACCUUCUUAUCUAAACUCUGAAGAGCCACUGUUCUGUUGAAGGUGACAGAAGAUGGACCACUGAUGUGAAUUGGUGCAUGUGAAACUUCAGUCUUUUUCAGUUAAAGGGGAAAAAAGGCUUUAUGUGAAAAUGUCUGUAGUCACGUUUCACAACUAAAAAAUCUACACCUAUGAAUCCAUUUUUUCACCUAGACUGUGUAUUAUAAAAGGAAGAUUUUUUUUUUCUAGUUGGCAGUUAUGUUUAAAGAAAAGAGGCUGUGUGAAGUAGCUGGCUUGACUAUUUGUUUUAAUGUCUCUCUCUCUCUCCUCCUUCCAUAAAAAAAAGUUUCCGGAAACAAUCUUCAAGGUGUUCUUUUUGAGAAUAUGGAAAGUGUUGCUUUGAGUAGUAAUUUACUGACACCUUUCAAAUGUUUUCUCUGUUUCAAACAUUGACCUCUGCAGUUCAGACUAUGGCAGACUUGUGCUUCAUUUGGCUUGACUCCUGAACAAACUUCAGGCAUGUGUCCUGAGAGGGUAACUUGCCCUACCACAUCACUAAAAGAAGCUGCUUAACUGAGCUCUAUUUAUUCAUUUAAGUCAGGCAAAAAAGCUUAGAAAACGUCUACCAGGAAGAAAUGGUUUUUAAUAGAUUGCCAUUGCUUUACGUAACAUGUUUUGUGCUGGAAUGCUAAUGAUUUGCAUCCCUCUUCAGUAACGCUAACAGUAGCAUCCCAGUCCAAGGAAUGCUGCAGCUUGGGUGCUGAUGUUUUGCCAGUCUUCAGUGCCAUUUUUUAAAGGGACAUCUUGCGUUGCAUUGUCUGGACAGCUGUACUAUUUUGAUGGGCAAGUAUUUUCCUGCUGCAAGUCUCUAUGCUGCAAAACAGUGUAGCCUUCAAGCCUGUAAGCCUUCAAGCUUGUCUAGCUCCCAGUAUUCCAGCUGAGGUGGCCUCUCACUUCCACAGUGGAGGACUGUCUUGCUCAUAGGGGAAAGGGCAAGGCAGAGCAGCCUGAAGAGCUGUCAAUCAUAUAUAUAUAUUGGGGGGGGGAUCCCCUUUGUGUGGCUUAUUCUAGUUUUUUCAUGGUGCAGUUUUACGUGAUGCUUAUUAUUUUAAAAACUAUUUGUAUGUGAAACAAACAAUAUGUUAGUUAAUGAAUAAACAAUAAACAAACAAACAUUGGAACUAUCUUCACAUCAUGACCCUCAAUAUAUUUUUCUUGGUAGGUCAUCCUUAGUUCAUACCCCAUUAGUGUGCAUGCGAUUAAAAUCCCAAUGUGUAUCACUUCACACAUUCUUACAUUGCAUAGUCUUUGCCAUUUUAAUGCUCUUUCAUUCGGUUUGAAGGAUAUUUUUGGAGCUUCUAGCCAUCACUUUGUGUUUUCACUGCUCUGAACAAUCUGAUGUCAUCAACUAACUUGCUGAUCACACUGUUCACUUGCAAGUUCAGGUCAUUUAUGAAUAAAUUUAAAAGCAUCAGGCCCAAUAUCAUUCAUUGGAAGAUCCCAUUUCCUACAACUUUCUGUUGUGAGAAUUGUCCCAAUCUCUUUUUCCUGUUCUUUAACCAUAUACUGUUUUAAUAAAUAGCAAGAUGAUAUAAUAUAUAUAUAUAUAUAUAUAUAUAUAGUCCAAAAAGAACUCCCUUAAGAGAAUCAGGUCUUUUUGUCUUAAGAUAGUCUUUAAAAGAAUCUUUUUUUAAAAAAAUUCCAGUAGCACCUUAAAGACCAGCUUUCGUGUGUAUACACACUUCUUCAGAAUACUGUUUCUUCAUAUACUGUUUCAUUAACUUGAUUGUUGUGUUUUUAGUUGUCACCUAGAGACAUUUGCCUAGAGUGGCAAAUGGAAUAAUAGGAUAUAUUUCUUAUCCCAUGACUAGUUCUGAUAUAUUGUGAUUAUUGAAUCACUAUAGUCCAGUGCAGUACCAUAUUUCUGAUGUUCGUUGUAUCUCUUGUUGAACAGUCUCUUCUGAGACUUGCCAGUUACCUGUAUAUCUGUGAGACAGGCAAAUGAGCUUUGAACUUAGUAGAUAUAUAUGUGUGUGUUUUCUGUGUAGCUAAGAUGUGGUCUGUUCAGCUCCUGCCACUGGUAAUGGAAAAGGAUUAGUUUACUGUUUUUAACACUUCUACUGAAACAGCAAUCUCUCAGCGACCUUUUAAAUCUCUGAUAUAGAUCCCUUGGAGAACCUGCAAGAAGAGUCUAUUGUUGGAUGCUUUACUUUUAGUUCAACUGAGAGAAAUGGGUUCAUGGGUUUAUCAGCCAAAAUGUUCCCUUCUUUAUUUUGAAAAUAACUCAACUGAAUAAAAAUGUCAAAAUGCUGAGAAAUAACUGAUUCCAGAGGAUUAUCUCUUUUCCCACAAGAACAGCAAUUAUCAAGCUUAUUUUUACCUUUGAUUUCUAGGCAUACCUUAUGCAUCAAGGUUGGCUACACUAUGUGUUAACAUUGUGACAGCUUAUCUUACUUAUGGCUUGGCUGCUCAAAAUACUACUUCAGAGGUAUUAGUAGAAGUCUAAAAUGAAUUUUUUGGCAUUAUUAUUAUUAUUUAUUCAAAUUAUAUACCAUGCUUUAUCAGAAGAUCUCAGGGUGAUGUACAAUAUUAGAAACACAUUACGAAACAUCAAGGAUAAAAACAAAAAUAUAGCAAAAAGCAUACUGACAGACAAUACCAAUAGCAUGCAAUUUUUUGAGUACUCCAGAACUCUUAAUCAGAUCUGAUGAAGACAUUAGAUGAACACAAUAAUGGAGGGACUUGGCUGGUGGUAAUGCCAUGAAACUGCAUAUAGUCUACCAGAUCUAAGAAUGUACUAUGAGGCGGCCUGUCUCACCUGGUUAAAGGAGUGGUGCACACUAAAAAAUCCAGAAUUGCUGGACCUGGAGGGGUACAACAACAGAUUCGGCUGACAUGCAUACCUGGGCUACGGAAAGGUUAAAGUUCAUAAUAAUUUUUUGAAUCAUGUCAUCAGGAAUAUACGUUGUUUAGGGAAAAUAUAAGGACCUUCUUGAGCCUAAGGUGCCAUGGUGGAUCUCGCCAACUGAAGCUCUUGCCGUUAAAAGGAAAAACACAAAUGGAAAUUGGCCUGUCUAUAAAUCAUUAUUAAUAGAGGAAGAGAACCAGUUAAAAUUUUUAAAAAUCGAAGCAAUAAGAGAUCAAGUCUCAGCCUGGUUCCAAUAUUAACAAUUAUUUGAAACCUUCAAAUGUGAUUUAAAAAAGAGGAUUUCCGGCGGAGAUUUCCAGAUUUGAAUCAGGUCUAAUAAAUUCUAAAACUAAAACCCUCUCCAAAACAUGCUGAUUCCUCCUUGACUGGGAAGUCAAGGAGGAGGAGGUUAAGUCCUCUAUGAUCUAUUGGGCCUAAGACUUUGGUUACAACAAAGAUGAGCCAAUGGGAACACCUCUGGAAAGUAAAUUGGAACUUUAUGGCAUGUUGUACAUUAAAGGAGAACCUUCAAAAGAUGUUAUACCACUGGUAUUUAACCCCUUCUAAACUCUCCAAUAUGUACAGAAGUGUUCCUAAUAUAUGUUGGAGAUGUGGAGAAUCAAGUGGAGCCAUGCUCCGUAUGCGGUGGGUUUGUAAAAAGAUCAAAACUAUCUGGAAUGACAUACAUACUCAGCUUCAAAUAAUGUUAAAUGCAUCCUUCCCCCCCAAAAAACCAGAAUCAUUUUUAUUGGGUAUUACAGGACCAGAUCUAUAUAGGAUGAUAAGGAAAGUCUUUCUGUAUGCCACCACUUCUGCGAGAGUACUUACAGCAAAACAUUGGAAGAGUGACCAAAUCCCCAUCAGAUCAGAAUGGUUACUAAAACUGGUAGAAUAUGCUGAACUAGAUAGUCUCUUGGAAAAGAUUAAAGAUAAGCAAAAACAGGAGUUCAUUGAUAACUGGAAACCUCUAAAGAGUUACUUAAAAAAUAAAUGUUACAAUCUGAAUUCGGUAGCAGCUUUUGAAUAAGCUCUGUAAAUAAAGGUUAAAUGGGUUAAAAUAGAGAGAGAGAGAGAGAGAGAUGCAUAUCAAUAUUUUAUUAUGAUUUUGCUGAUAAAUUUAGGCAAUAGGUUUAUUAAAGUGAAAAGAUGUUUGAGAAGGACGGGUUGUCAAAUUUAUGAAGAUAUAUACUUUGUUGGAAUUUUUAUUUUGAUAAGUUUGAUCUACAGACUAUAAAAUAUCUUUGAUGUAUGGAUGUAACUACGAUUAAUAAAGCAUAAAAGAAGAAGAAGAAGAAAGAAAGAAACUGCAUAUAGUCUUAAGGUAGAAUAUGGAAGGAGGUGGGCAUUCACAUGGAACUCUACUAGGUUUCAUGCAGACAUCAGGUUGCACAAGAGCCUUCAGGGGAAAGAAGUAUAACAAUAGCUAACAGAGGCAAAAUCUGAAGCUAUUUAUAGUUAAGGUAUUCCAAGAUUUGGUUGUUACCUUAGAGGUACAAAUUCUUCAGUAUACAGUACUCCUGACUUUUAGGGAAAGCUCCAGGUGAAAGCUUUUAGCCUUCUGAGAACAGGGCUAUUGUUCUCAAUCCUAAAGACUAUAACUGCAGUCCUAGACUAAUCCAUAUGUGAUUGUGCAGUUCAGUAUCUAAGUCAUAGAGUAAUAGCUGUAUUAUGUGGCUUAGUUGCAUGCUAGGGCUUUAUUUUGAAGGGAGUCCUUUUAUCUCAGUUAAUGAUGUUAUGGGCUCCAGAGCAAGUUGUUUACUAUUCUAUUAACUUCAACUUGUCCUAGCCUGUUUCCAUUACGUCCCAUUGGCUCUUUCAGUACCUGUACAUGGAUGUAGUCAUCAAAAUUUAGCAACAUAUCAUUGAAGUGAAUUAAGCAAGUUCAUACACCUAAACCAUUAUGUAUGACCACUUGUGAAUUUAUCUUACAUUUUUGGUAGAGUAUUUGAAGAGAACAAUGCACUACUUCACUGAACUGCAUUGAUGCUACUAGGAUUGUCAUUCUAGCAAAAUGAUGUUUGCCUUACUCUCCUUUUUUAAAGAUGCCAUUGCUAUAUUAAUAAAAUUCUAGCUCCUUUUACAAAGGUGCUAUCACUUAUAAACUGUUAUAAAGUUUCCUGGCCUUCUGUUCAUCUGUAUACAGUAAUCCCGACUAUUUUUCAGAGGCAUUGAGACAGUUUAAAGUUUGUAUUUCCAUUAUUGUGCAGCGGUUUCUAGAUUAGUACUUCCACUAAAAUAUCACUUAACACAUAUGAAGCAUACUGUGUUAACUACUUGGUUUUUAAUGCGAGUGUUAAUACUGUGAAUCUUAUGAGACAACAGUGUGAAACUGAUGUUAUAUCUUCUUAACUCUACACUUACAAAUUCGUAAGAAUCGGCUCAAUUAUCUGAUGCAACCCAAACUUAAAACAUUCCAGAUCAAUGUCUCCUUUUGGGGUGGGGGGAAUGAACUGAACGUAGGAUUUAUACUCUUGCCCAACUUGCGGAAUUGGAUGGGGAAUAUUUGCUUUUAUCAGAGUUACAAAUAUUGCCAUUGGACUGUAAUUCACAGGCUGUAUCUAUAACAGGGGUUGGGAAUCUGUGCCCCACCCCUGAUGUUGCUGGGCUAUAACUCCCAUCUUUACUGGCCAUUGGCCAUGCUGGCUAGGGCUACUGGAAAUUGGAGUCCAACAGUUCUAGAGAAUCACAGGUUCCAUGCCCCUGGUUUUACAAUUAUAAAACUCUUUAAUAUCAAUCUAUGCCUGUCACUACAGUGGUACCUCGGGUUAAGAACUUAAUUCAUUCCAGAGGUCUGCUCUUAACCUGAAACGGUUCUUAACCUGAGGCGUGCUUUUGCUAAUGGGGCCUCCUGCUGUCACUGGCGCGCGAUUUCCGUUCUUAUCCUGGGGCAAAGUUCUUAACCUGGAGCAACCACUUCCUGGUUAGCGGAGUUUGUAACCUGAAGUGUUUGUAACACAAGGUACCACUGUACUUAGUGUUUCAAAACACCCUAAAUCUUGAAAUACUUGCUCACCUUAGGACAUAUUAUUAUAUCCACACUCUGUUUAUAUGAUAAAUGAUUGCUUGGCAACAUUAAACUUAUUAGAGAUAACUUGAAAUUGAAGCACCUCGUAUACAAACAGUGAAGUUCACACAUACAUUGUUUCACUUGACUAGAAAUUAAUUCAGCAAUAGUUAUUGAUUUGAAGAUAUUGGACACUCAUCUCUCACUUGUCCUAGGUGCUAGUGCUGUGGUAUUGAUUUUGUGUCACUGUCAUUUAUAUUACAGGCAUAUCAUUGUGUCAGGAGUGAGGAAUCUCCAGCCUUGGGCCACAUUUGGCCCAUCAGGCCUCCCCAUUUGUAAGGGAGGAGGUUUUCCAAAAUCCACAUCCACUUGUUGGCAUGUGUGGCAUCAGGUGUGCAGCAGACAGAGUUGUAGCUGGUUGUACAGCAGAUCACUGCAGAAAGCAGGAUUAAACUCCCCAGGUGAUAUGUGGGGAGUGGAGUUCUGAUCUGGCCCGUUGGGUCAAAAAGGUUCUCCAUCUCUGCUUUAGGUAGAGGUCUGCCUGCAUAUUAAAUUUGAUUUAGCAGCAUUGGUGUUGAGAGUCCCACAUACAGUGGUACCUUGUGUCACAUACUGCCCCCCUUACGAAUGCUUCCAGUUACGCACGCCACUAACCCGGAAGUAGAUGCCCCUUGUUGCGAACUUUGCCCCAGGGUGCGAGCAGAAGACGUGCUCCGGCAGCACAGCAGCAGCGGGAGGCGCUAUUAGCAAAAGUGCACCUCAUGUUACGAGCAGUUUCCAGUUACGAACAGACCUCCGGAACAGAUUUAGUAUGUAACACAAGGUACCACUGUACUCAUAAGCCAGUGGCUCUGAAAGGAUGGCACUUGAAGAUAGCAAGUAUGGCAGAAAUAUUCAAGAAACAUUUAAACAUUUCAGUGUAGUAUAAUGUAGUAUAGCUUACUAUCAAAAUAAUAUUUUAAUUUGCAGAAUAUGGAAAAAUAUCAAGCAAUGAUAGGUGUUGUUUCUUUUUGUUUUCCAGUGUUUUUCUUAUCAAUAAAAAAAAUGGGGUGUGUUGCAAGCAAAUUUUUAUUCUGAAAGUGUGGUGCAGAGAAAAAGACACUUGAGGACCACUGUCAUAAACUAUAUUUCUGUACUUUGGGAACUGUGAGGCAGCCAGUGAAAAUGAAGCUCUUGUUCCUGCAAGAUUAGAAAGAAAAUAUCCCACUGUCACAGCUAACACAGCGGUUUGACUUCACCCCUGGAGGCGCUUCAGACAGAAGGAUGCUUUAAAAAUUGUUGGUUUUAGCUUAUAUUUUUGUACUAAUGGAUAUUAUUUUUAUAUUGUAUAUAUAUAUUGUAGACUAUUUAGAGAUUUUUUUAAAAGAUGGAGUGGUUACAAAUGCUUUUUUAAAUAAAAUACAUGUAUCUGGAACUUUUACAGAUGCUCUUUUUUGUAAUUCCUGGUCUGGAUUUAACCUUAAACUGUGAACUAAAUUUAGGAGCUGGGCUUCAUAGAACCAUAAUCAGGAAGGCUAAAUUAAUCCUUUGUCCUGGGAAAAGCAAAAGGUUAAUGUGCUAGCAAAUGUAGACCAAAUGAUCUAAUUUCUUAUCUUGUAUUAGAAUAAAUUAACUAGAGGGAAGCUUUUAGAUUACUUGUAGAAAAAUAUCAGAACUGUUAACACUUUUUUUUAAAAAAGAAAAAGGUUGCUGAAGACCUAGCUAAAGCUUCAAGUGUGAAAUUUCUUCAGUUUGUGCCUGUGCUUCAUCUGACAACAACAAAUUAAGUUGGCUUUGUCCCUGGGAGACCUCAUAUAGAGUUCAUAUCUCAUGAGUGCUAAAUCCAUGAAGAAACGAAGUCCUACUGAUGCCAAUUUCUUUAUACACAACUAAAAAUUGUGUAUACAUUACAUCAGAGCUUUCAAAACUUUUCAUGUUGGUGACACGUUGCACAGUAAUUCAGUUUUACUAUCAAAUUAAGGAGCAUUUGUGCAACACACAUACACACUGCAGCCGACUCACAAACGUGUCAUGACACACAGUUUGGUAAGCCCUGCAUCGUAUCAUAUCUUAACAUCAAACGUCUUAACACCAAACAAGUUGUUGUCUAGGUGCUUUUGCGUGCAGACUCUUUCCAAAGUGGCUGCUCCAAAUGUCAAUGCACUAAGCAAGGCCCUCUGUUUCUUGUUAACUUGUUAAGUGUCACAAAUGAAAAUGACACAGGAGUCCCCACAGUCCUCUCUUUUAAGACCAAAGCAGGAAGAAGCUCUACAAUAUAAGCCAGAAAUAUCCAAAGAACAAGAUAUGAAGCUCAAAGUAAUGUUGAAAUGUGGGACCUGGCCUAUUUCAGGCCCUGCUGCUCAUAGUUUUGGAUUUUCCAAUUCCCAGUUGUGCAGUGACUCAUGGCUGCUGCUCAACAAUGGGAACAGCACCUCCUAUGUGGUCCCAGUUGGCAAGAUUGAGUCAGAGGAUAUACAGCAUAGGAUAUAUAGCAGUGCAAAAAGUAAUCACCCAACCUUUUGUGUUUAACUCUUUGGGUAGGAGGAACAGGAAUAUUAAUGAGAAUAUAAUAUUGUGUACCACAAAGCAAACACUAUUGAUAAUUGAGCAGCUUAAUUCUUUAAAAUAGAAUAAUAAAAAUUAAGUUUUGGGGACUUUUUUUUUAAAAAAAAGACUGUUGAACUAGGGCUUCCUUUCUCUCUAGCCAGCAUUCAUUGCUGCUAUUAGCUUAGAGUCAGAAACAUUUUGUAUCUCAAGGGUGAAAGGAAACUUGCUAGAUUGUCCAAGUCCCAGUUGCUCUGAAGCAGCAGGUUUUGACAUGCCAUCCCUGUUCUUACACUUCCUGUAUGGUUGCUUCAGAGUAAUCUGGAAGGUAUUUCCUGGAGGACCUGCUUCUGGACAUGUAGGAAGUAGAUCAGGAUUUUCAGAUGCAUGUGAUGGCCUUAACUGGAAACCAUGUAAAGGCUGUAUACCCUUUUCAGAUUGGAAAUGACUGGACUGAGCUAUAUUUUGUUGGAAGGCUACGCUACUUGGCAUUAUGUGUUUCCACAUGCUAGUCUUUUCAAACUUGUUUUCAAAGAUUAUCAAGGAUAAUACAAUAUAUUGCUUCUGUACAGUGAAGGUUUUUCCCCCUCUUUAAACAUGGUUUUGGCUUUGUAAACCCCAGUUCCAGAAAUUAGCUGCAAAUGUCCUCUUCUCUCAACAGGGUGAAUCGGUGAAAUAUUUUCUGGAUAAUUUGGACCGGAUUGGCCAAUUGGUGAGAUUUACUUUUUCUUUGCCCCAUUCUGUCCUCCAGUACUUAAUGCAUUGUGCCUUUUUAUGUUCUUUGUCUGAUAUGCUCAAACCAUAUGGCCUUGAAGAAAACCAAAAACUGUACAAAUUCACAGUGUAGAAAAUGCAGAACUAAAUGGAGAAUCACCGAGCAGAACUAAACUCUGCUUACUGUCUUCCUCAACCACCCUUUAACUCAGUGGUUCCCAAAUUCCCCCCACCCCAGGAGGAUUUGAAAAUUGCAGGUGUUUGUGAACUACUUAAUUAUUUUUCUGCCUGUGGUAGCAAAUUAAUUCCAUAGAAUUCAAAUAGUAAUACAGUAAAAUAAAUAAAAAUGCAAUUAAAAAUAAUAUGAAUAUUCAGUGCAAUUGAUGUGCCAUCUCCCAUUUCAACCACAAAUCUAGAUAACUGAAUGAAGCUCACCUAACACUGGUAAAUUCACUGACCACAGUUUGGGAACAGUCACUGUUUCCAGGUCUGUCUACUCUGUGGUGAAAGGCAACCCACCCCGCAAAAAAGAAUAUUGUACAUAAAGUAGUUAGUACAAUUCAUAUCCCAUUUGGGAAUUAUGCAAUUGCUUAUAUUCAUAUACUGUCACACAAACAACCUUUUUUUCUUAAUACUUUCAAUAUGAAGUAUUAAGACAAAAAGGUUGUUUGUGUGACAGUAUGUGAAUAUAGGCAACUGAAUAAUUCCCAAAUGGGAUAUGAAUCGUAUGGAACUGUCAGCAAGUCAGACUUACAUUAAAGUACACACAGCACUCUUAAUGCACAUAGGCACGAGGUGAAUCCUUUGUCUGGCAAAAUGUGAUUCUAACAAUUUCUUAGAUAAUAAUGACCUCCGCAGUAUCAUUUCUUUUUCAGGGAAGAGGGAUGCUUCCCUCUACCCACUGUUCAUAUCAGAGGUGCCAACUUGAAUAAAAUAUUUGGGGCAGGUAAGUCCCGCUCUCCCUGAUCAGUCACAUGGUGCAGUGCAGGGGGGCCAACAUGACCUUGGCCCCUAGGAAUUGGCUCUAUGUUUGAGACAGAGAGAGGUGGAACAAAGAUAGGUCUGCAUUGUUGCUCAAUUCGUUGCAAAAUUGUUAAACAUACCAUAUCAUUUUACUUUGGAUGUAGUGGCAGUGAGACUUGGCCAGGGCCAGCAACAGUGAAACUUGCAUGUUGUAGGCUGUCAGAAACCCCAGUUUUUAUUGAAUAUGUUGUAAGGGUGGUACACAGAAUUUCAAAGGAUAUGUUCAUGAUACUGAGGAGGCUUGUAAACUAUUCAGUUUGUUACUUCAGAUUGAGUUGGUUUACAGCCAGUUCAUGCAACCAAGUAGACAUAAGGAAAAUAGCUUAAGUGAAGGUGAGCAGUUCAUGUAGCAGAGUGGUCUUGUGAUUCACUUACAGAACUUGAUUCAACUCACAUUUUCAGCUGAGCAGGUUUCUUAGGAUUGAUCAUUAGUUUCUUCUCUCCUUCCUUUACCCCUCUGGUCACUACCCUGACUCAGUGUAUCUGUACCCUCUUUCAAUGGAAGCAGCUGUUGAUCCAUUUUGAUAUUUUCCCUGCCUCCAUGUCUCUUUCUGCAGAAUUAUUUUCCCAGUAAGCAAGACAUCUUGCUGGCUAGAAAAGCUACCAAGGGGAUUGUGGAGCAUGACUUUAUCAUCAAGAAGAUUCCUUUCAAAAUGGUUGAUGUGGGUGGACAGCGGUCUCAACGCCAAAAAUGGUUUCAGUGUUUUGAUGGGAUAACAUCUAUACUAUUCAUGGUCUCCUCAAGUGAAUAUGAUCAGGUCCUUAUGGAAGAUAGACGCACAAAUAGACUAGUUGAAUCUAUGAACAUCUUUGAAACCAUUGUCAACAACAAGCUCUUUUUUAAUGUCUCCAUCAUUCUCUUCCUUAACAAAAUGGACCUACUUGUGGAGAAAGUGAAGAAUGUCAGCAUUAAGAAGUACUUCUCAGACUUCAGGGGUGAUCCUCACCGGCUGGAAGAUGUUCAGCGUUACCUGGUACAGUGUUUUGACAGAAAGCGGCGUAAUCGCAGUAAACCCCUCUUCCAUCAUUUCACCACAGCCAUAGACACUGAAAACAUCCGCUUUGUGUUCCAUGCUGUGAAGGAUACAAUCCUUCAGGAAAACCUUAAGGAUAUUAUGUUGCAGUGAAGAAAAACUGAAGAAAAACUGUCUGUUCAAACCUAGCCUAGUUGAAGGCCCAACCUUUAUAGCCUAUACGAUGGAUUUUUUAAAAAAAGAUCCAUGCUGUUACUUGGCUCAAGGAAGCUGCAAAAUAGCCAGUCCCAAUGGAGGAGCAACAAGCAGAAGGAUUGUGAGAGCUCAAGCUAGCUACUGUAUCACUUAACUAAACAAAAAACUACUGAAAGUAGUAAAUUGCAAGUGCAGUGCCUUCUUUUGAACUCUGAAUAACAUUAUUGCCUUCUGCCUUUUGAAAAGAUAAUUCUAAGUUUGAAAAAUGACGUAAAGACAUUUUGUGUUUUUUAAUCCACUGUCAUUGUGCAAGAGAGUUUGUUGGUUGUAAAGCCUGUCUGCCUCACUUGUUUUGGGUGCUGAAUUAACAAAUCCAGUAAGUUCAUUGAUACUUCUAUUUGGAGAAUACAUUGCAAUAUGUCAAUAUCUAGGUUUGGUGUACGCAAAAUUGUUUGCCAGUAGCCAGACUGUGCUUGCCAAAAUGAUUAUCCAGCUCUUCUUUGAGACUCUACAGUUUCCCUCUUGUCGAAGUUUACAACUGUAAAUUGAACUUGGCUGGCCACACUAGUGAAUUUCAUUUUAGCAAUUGGCCUGAAAGGGGGCAGAAAUCCAAGACCUGGGUUGGUGCAACAUAGGGCUGUACUUUGCACUACAUGUUACAGUGUUUAUUGCAUCAUGGAAAAUAAGACCUUUAUUUUCUUUUUAUUUUACUUUUCAUAUAGCAUGAGUGCUGGAGCUCACACAGAUGCUCUGCUGAGACAUUAACUCUGUUCUCAAACCUAUAGUUGGAACUAUAUGAAAACUUUGUCUUGACAGAAUAUUAUGUAUGAGACAUAUUAUGGGUGUUCUCAUAAAAGGGAAGCUAAUGUUAUUCCUUAGCCAAAUGUUUGGUAAGCAGAGGCUGCUCAUAGCACUAAAGCCAAAUGCUCUUGAGGUUUCUACUUUACAGCUGCACUGAGUUUGGAAAGAAGAGCUCUGCUUUGAACUAAUCCUUAAUUGUUGCUGUAUGAAUUUACUAGGUUAUAUAAUAUACACUUAAAAUGUUGUAAACGCUCAAGUUUAAAGUUGCCCCUUUAAGGCUACUACAGAGUACAUGUGAAUUUGCAGGAGGCUGUGAAUAAUGUUGAUGUGAACUUCCUUUUUAAUUCUAAAGUGUUGAAUUUAACUAUGGGUGCCUAUUUUGUGUGUACUGAUGUUUCACACUCUGUCUGAUAUGAGGUAUGUAUUAACUACACUAAACCCUACAUUUUCAGUGCUAUAGACUUUAUUCAGGGAUCUUCUUAAACAUAAGAAAUGUUUACCAUACUUUUGGUACCAUACUUGUCAUAUCAAAUUAUAAAGGGCUUAUUCUUUCCUGUAUCAUGAUAUCAGAAUGCUGUAGCUUAUGCCCCUCUGGGACAAUCAUGUCUUACACAGUAGGCAAAACUCCAGGUAUAAAUGCCACCAAUAACAGCAAACUAAAACAAAUCUCUCAUGACUUCUGCUUGGACAAAUUCCAGGAUUUUUUUUUCCCUGUGGGGAUUACUCACAUUUAUAUAAGCAUGUUUUUGUGUGGUGUACCCGACUUUGAACCAGAAAUUUUCCACUCUUAUAGUGAUGUUUGUGCAAAAUCAAGCUCAGUUUUGGAAAUUAAGAAAGAGUUUGUCUCCUACUUUUUAUCUAAAACUAAAAUUUCAGUAAGACAACAACCACAUAGUGACUGCAGACAUUUCAACCUUUUGAGAUGAAAUUACAUUUGGAGACAUUCUAGUGACACUUGUCUUACUUUCUAGGACCAAUUAUUUUACUAUUUUCAUAUCUGCUUCUAGAAAAGAAAACAAUAUUGCAAUUUUGCCAUGAGUACGCUAAAGUGUUGAAUAAUUUUGCAGGCUAUGAAUGGCUAUUCAAGGGUUAAGGGGAAUGCAUCUCAGCUACGAUUGCCAAUUUCUAUUCAUUGGGUUUCUUCAUUGAUGUCUCUUUUGAAAAUUGAAAUUCCACAUGCCUAAAAAGAUGUUUGAUUUGUGUUUUUCAAAUAGCUAUCUUGAAAUGAGAAGUUUCAAGAGCAGUUUGUGAUGUGGAAUAUGCACCUGCUUUUAAAGGAGAAAAUUCUCAUUAGACAUGUUCACAACCCAUGGCAUUCAUAAGUAGCUCUUAUGUAUUCUGGUCACAGUAUUUUAAUUUGCAUCCUCAGCAGUAAUAUACAAUCUAGAAGGAGCCUUGACUAUUCAAUUAAAAAAUUGAACUUUAUGUAUUUUCUACCCAAAAGUGCCUCGGUUUUACCUAUUAACUUUUCUUUGCCCUUAAGUGGCAGGGAGUAGCACAAACCCAUUUAUAACAAUCUGAACUAUGCCACCACUUGCGUUUUAAAAUAAAAACUUAGAAAUAAUAUGCUGCAGUUCUCAAAUUGUUCUUUUUCUUACAACUCUGCCUAGUCGUGUACUGUAUUUCUUUUUCUGUAUGGCUACCGUAGUAUUUGCAUGUAAAAUGUAUUAUAUUACUGUGUUCCUUUGGUAUCAGAUAGUCAUCUUUUGGUAUGAUGGAAGCCCCUUGCUGGGGCAAACUUACCUUAAAGAUUUUGGUAGCCAGAUUAAGACUGCAAUCCUAAACUAUGUCUACCUAGCAGUAAACCCAAUUGAAUUCAGUGGGACUUGCCUCCCGGUAAAUGGAGAUUAGGAUUGCAGUCAAAAUCAAGUUCAACCUAAUCUAUUUUUCAGCCAAUUUAUUUUGCCAUUUAAGAUGCUGUUAGCUCUAGUUCUCCAGCUUCUCAUCCCUUCAGCUGCAGGCCUUGGUCAUGAUCACACACUGAUACAAUUCUUGUGAUUAACAUUGUAGUAGAAGCUUAGCAUCUAACAAGCAGGAUGUUUUAACAAUUUCAGGAUUACAGUGCAGUCUGGUUUAAAUAACUAGUUGGAAUCCUAAAAGUAUCUUUUAACAGUAUAGCUUCACACAGAUAAGGGAAACCUCUUUUCUAAUCCUAGCACUGCUCAUAUACUGUGUUUCAAUAGUUUGCUUUGAAUUCAAAAUCUUUUUUUGCAAUCCAGUACAGUAGUAUUGGGUGCUCUGCAACCAUUGAAUUACCCGCUCUUUCUUCCUCUUGCCAAAGCCACAAGACAUUUGCCUUUAAUUGUAACCCUUGAGAACAUUUUGUCCUAAGUACAAUUAGCAGGGAGAGGAAAGAUUUGUUGUUGGAAUACUUGAUGUAAUGAUACUUUUAAGCUGGGAAAUGGGUUACACAUCAGACAGUCUAUUACAGGCCUUGAACUUAUGCUUUGGCAUAUUACAUACCAAACAGGCUUCAACUUCAGCUUCUCAUUUGUCAGAGGACGUUUUGCUGUAAAUAAUGUAUAUUGUGCAUUUGGUGUUUUUAGCCAUGGACAAAGAGGAUCACCCCCUCAUGUCUUUAACAGGGUGUGUGUGCAUAUAUAUGUAUUUACAUCCAUGUGCACACACAGGUGGAAGUAGACUUUCCGCUGAAAAUCUGCUUGUUUUUAUAUAAACUCUCCAAGAGCAAGGACUUGCCAGGGAGGGAAAUCAUUUUUCAUGAAAUGGAAGCUGCAAGUUGGCAUGAGUUCACAGUUCCUAUGUUAAUACUAUGCACACACUGCAUAUUCAAGUGGACUUUACACAUGAGCAGAAUUUACCAUGUUAGCAUAACAGAAUAUUGUUGAAACUGACUCUUGAGUUUAUCAACUUAGCAGAUGUGUUAUCCAAAAUAAAGAGUAGCAUUCUGCCAUUCACAAAAAUUUAUAAGGGAUGAACAGAGAUUACCAUACUUGGCAAGUUUGAGGCCCAUUAAAAAAGGCUUUCUGUGGCCUCUGGGAUAGUGACUAAAAUACCGCCACUGCUGUGGAUAUGGUAGAUGUUCCUACUUCUGCCACCAAUUCAUUUCACUGAUUUAAAGAACCCUUAUCAAUGGGCCAGCAAGUUACCUAGGAUUUAGCAAACCUCCCAUAGUUUUAUACCGACCCUUGAGGGUUGGGGGUUUUUUUAUGAGCUCUUUUUUGAUGGGUUUUUUUGUUGGGAGGGAGAGAUUUGGAGAAGGAUCUAGUUUCUAGACUUUCAAACAGUGCUGCUUAAGCAUUAACGGUUGUGUGUAUUAAAACAAAAUGCAUUGAAACAAUAGCCACCAAUGAAGAGCCUAUAUGCUUUCCCCCAGAAUAAGGAUUUGGCAGCAUAUUAAAACAACUUAUUGGCACUACUGUAGCUGUUGGCACACACAUAAAUCUUUUUUUUUUCCUAGCCUGCCUGUUUGUUUAUAACUGGGACAUGCAAAUUGAGGUUUCUUGCAGUGUGCUCUUGAGAGGCUUUGGCUAUGCAGAAGGUCUGAUAAAUGUUCUAAAAGGCAAGCAACUAUCCUCUUCAAAACCAACAAAAUCAAGCCUUUAGCAUUUGGGGCCCUCAUACCUUAAAAGACUGUUCCUUAUUUUACUCUAUUGUGUACUUUCAGAUCAACCAAGACUAUUCUCAUGAUUUAUGUGCCAAAUUCAAACUGCAAAGACACACAGAAUGGUAUUUUCAGUGGUUGUUCCACAAUGGUAAAAUUCCAUUCCCUUGUCAAAAUACAACCUGAAUACAUUCUUGGAAGCAUUCAAAAAUAUAGGUAGCUGUGUUCGUACACUAGGUUAAAAAACAACAACACAGAAGCAACAGUAUGACAAAACCCUUAUUAGGACCAACCUAAACAUUACAAAAUCUACUUUCUAGAAGCACUGUAAGAGCUGAAACAGAUGCAUAGUUUGUACUACCAGGGAUGUGGGCAGGGUAAUCAAAUGUUGGAAUGAUUUCCACAUAAAAGUCUACCUGCACACACAAGCCUAACAUGCUGGAGAGGCGAGGGAGGCUGGUCCUGGCUUGCUUGAUUAGUACUUCCAGGAUCUCUCGUGGGCCCAAACAUCUGUUCUACCAACCCGGAUGAUUUAGCCCAGCAACAGCUACAUCACAUGGGAGUUCUUCCCCAGACUACCUCAAAAGUUCUCCAAAGAUUUUCCUUAGCACACCUGGCCCAUAGCAUGUUAUUGGGUUCUUAUUGGUAGAGAUCAUACAUAAGAGCAAUACAGAGUGGCCAUGCUGCAACUGAUAUGCUUGGGGACAAUUUCAUCUGGUUCCUUUCCCUGGUUGGUGGCUGAAGAAAGCAGCAUAAAUCCAAGUUUGUGUUUGUUUUCUGUUCACUAUCUUGGAGGCUUUAGGCCAAAAGUUGGGAGCAGAAUAAUUGAAAAAAUUAAAUAGGGAACUGACAAAAAUGCUGCCUAGUGUUGACAUUAUACCUGAAAAGUGAUUUCAGAAAUGUCUUCCUUUUCAAGUGGUGCUUCAUCUAUAUUCCACAUAUUUGCACGAGUGGGCUAGUUUUAUACCCAUAUUGCAGACAUAGUAGUGGUUUGCCUACAGCUACUAGUGAAGCACAACUGACAUGAUGAAUGCUUGGUUUCUUGCUCACAAUUGGCCACUGCACCAUACCAGCCCUGGGGCAGUAUUCCAUGCUCACUGGUGCAUAUAGAAUACUGCCCUAGAGCUCGUAUAUUGUAGUGAAUCAUCAGAAAAUUGAGUAUUGUGGACAGAAAAGGCCUGUGCUUGCCUUAAUCUUUAACUUGAGCAAAAAAAGCUUAAUUAUUGUUGAAAGGUGACAAAUUUAAAAAUAAGUUGUGAUGAAAGUGCCAUAAUUCAUACUGGUAAUAUUUUUUAAUUGUGUGCUUAAAAACAACCCUGGUCUUUUGUAAGCACUAAAAGAGUAUAAUUCUUUGUGACCUAUUUUGCUGUGAUAGCAGCAGCUUAUGAAAGCUGUGUAUUAGAUUUUUAAAAUGUGGUGUAAAAAUGUGUAUUAUAGCGUUGAAUUAGCUUACUGUUUUGUAUAUAUGAAUUUUGUAAAUCUAUUAAAAUGUGACUUGUUACUGU